AUGUUGACCGCUAUGUUCGAGGCCAUUCCUCUUCACUGUCAGGGCGCGUAUGUUGCGCGCAACCGUGGGGGACGCCAUGUCCCCCAAGACAUAGCUGGCUACAGUCAGCCCUAUGAUGCGCGCCUGCGCUUCAGAUCGUGCGAGGCGGGCUCGCUGCUCCCUGUCAUGUCUGCCCACCCCGACCCGUCGUUCUUCACCUCCCCCUUCCAGUUCCCCGCGACAAACCCCUUCGCCCUACCAACAUGGGCAUCCUCAUCGACGCCGGUACUUGCCCUUCAUCUCCAGGUACCGCAUGCGCGCGCACUGACUCCCACGUCCGUCCCUGACGUACAGAAAGGGUCGCUCAGCCCCUCCCCAGAAGGACUCCAAUCCCCCGUCAUCCCCGCCGCACCUCUCAACACCGCCGCACCCCUCAACACCGCCGCACCCGUCACCCCUGCUGCGCCGGAUAUCGUCAUCUUCACCGCUACCCCAGCAGUACCCACCACCCCCGUCGUCCCCGCCACCGAUGUCAUUCCGAUGGAACGCGUCACACCGACGAAUGCCCAACGUUCGAAGUACUCGGCAUUGGAGGGCGCCGUGAGGCCCCUCACGGGUCCUUGUGUGGAUAUGGCGCGCACCGUCAUCGAGGCGCGACUCGACCCGCGGUGGGACCCAUCGGUCUUCCGGCGGGAGACGAGAAAGCGAGGGGUGGAUGCGCAGGAGCAGUCUUCGCCGAAGAGGGCAAGGGUGGAGGAAGGGAUGGAAGAGGCGAUUGCAGGGGUGAGAGCGGAGGGGGCCGUAAGUGCAGAUGAAGGGGAAAAUGGGAAGGUGAAGGCGAGGCAGCUCGACAGUGGAGCGGGGAGCGAGAGGAGUGAAGGGGCUUGGUCCAUGGAGAGCAGGUUCAGGCCCAUCGCGCCCAUGCCUUCGCCGGGGCCAGUCCAUGCAGCUGGAGGGCUGCACCCUAUACUUAUGGUCGUUCCACAGGUGAACGGCAACGCCCUCACACAACACAACAAUACAUCAACAACGUCCACCCACAGGGUGGACAACCCCGCAGGUGAGUUCGUCGUCGAGCCUGUACCGCUGCCUAGCGGAGGGCCUUCGACAUCGACACCUGCGGAUGACGAAGACGAGGCUGGAGAGCCCGAGGAUCACGAUCAAGAUGGGCACCAGCACCAGCUCGGAGACGAGUCCAGCCUCAGCAAACGUGAGGCCGCCGUCGUGAUCGACGAGAAGAUCUACGGCGGGGACCCACUGCGCUGCCUCGCGUGCAACAACAAGUCGUUUGCGCGCAAGUACGAUCGCAGACGCCACGUCGUCACCGUCCACUACCUCGGCAAGAUCCCAUGCGACUGGUGCGAUCUCUUCUUCUACGCACGCCGGGAUGGGGUCACUCGUCACAAGGACGAGAAUUGUCCAGCCAGGGACUUCGAAGAUCGGCACACCAACCCAAGGAGAUGGUUCAUGGCCUGGCUGACCGGAACGUGUCGUAGCAGGAUGAUUAUUCGCGGUCUUGCUUCUGUCUUGCUCGACUUGCUCGAACUAACAGGCGGGGGUGGAGUGACUGUACUGAGUACUCUUGUAUCUCUAUUUCCUUCUAUCAUUUUUCUCAACAAUCCAGAAUUAAACAAAUAUCCACAAAACCCGUGUGCACUGAACAAAAUCGAGCUGUAUCUCACAUUUCCUGCGCACCGCUCCUCCCCUUCAGAGGGAAAAUGUGGGUCCACCGUACCACACUCCUACGCAAACCGACAUCAGACGCGCCCAUGUUUUCCCACUCCACAAUUCUGUAACGUCCGUGCAAGGCCGAUCGAGUACCUCUAUCGCAGCGUAAAGCUUUUUCUGGCCGGCGGCACAUCUUUGGACACAGAAAGAGAAGAAGACAGUGCCUAUCGUUGGCUUGUCUGCGGCACUCAACUCAUCAACGGCGCUAUGUCAAGCGGCGGAGUACCAGAAAAAGGGAGGGGACAGCCGAACCAAAAGAUAGUGUCAGGCUCCGGCGACCCGGCCGCGUCAAUGUCAUCAUGCGUGCAAGAAUUCGACAAAAGGCAGCAUCCCGCUACUCAGCUAGGGAGCCUCACGAUUGCGAGGGCGGGUGGACCGGUUGUGGUUCGAGAUAACGCUAUGGUCUCGCCUGGUUGUCUCGCGUCAUGCAUAGCGGAAGCAGCACAGCUAAGCAAAGAGGAAAUCGCCAAUAGGACUGUACCCGCAAACAUUGUGCAAGUGUCGCGGGGGGACGACCGAGGCUUGAAUACGCUGUUCCGGGCUGAAGAUUACGAUAUGGAGGUCGCGAAGGCGAGAAUGGGCACACAAGCGAGCGAGAGGGAAAAAAUGAAGGUCAACACCUGGGGAGCGAGAGAGGUGACCGGACUGAGCAGAAGCGACGGCUGGGAAGAAGAUGAUCUUGAACAACGGAUCCACAGAUGGCACAGAGAUAUUGUACAUAAUCUUGACAUGAAGCUUGGAUGCCCUGUGAACCGAAGAGGCUCAGGCUUGAGUCUUGAACAGCGUCUUCGUUUGUGUGCUUCCAACGACGGGACAAUGUGGACACAAUAUAGCAAUGAUCAGAGCGAGGUCCAAGCUGGCACCGUUCGAAUGACAAGAUACGACGCGUAG